AGAAUUCAUGUGAAAAUGUGGUUGAUAUUGAAGUUUCUUGAAUCUAGGAGAAAUCAUCUAAGAUUAAAGGAGAGGAUACGUUUAUUUUUCGAAGAAAUUUCUUUACAAAAAGGAGACUUAAGUUGCCUGAAUAGAGCGGAUUUAAUCAGGGUGCACGACGGUACGGAUUCAGGGGCGCCCACAAUAGCUGUGCUCUGCAACCAAGGAACGGAAGUGGAAGUACUCAGCACCGGGUCAGACCUGUACGUCGAGUUCGUGGCUAAUUCCGAGUGGCCGGGCCAGGGUUUCAAGGCGAUGUUCCAAUUCCAGCCAUUAGACGAUGCGCCGCAUCCUGAGCCGGACAAGGUCGUCCCAGGGGCCGUUACCGGUAACCCCAAGCACUCGGUCAUCGGACCGGCUGUCAGCGCUACCACGUCCCUUUGCGAUAUCGUUUUCAACAGUGACUCGACGAAAACAGGGAUAGUCAUGUCACCAGGAUAUCCGAAACCUUAUCCACCGAGGACGCACUGUACAUACGACUUCCAGGGACGAGGAAAGGAACGAGUGCAAGUGGUGUUCCAGGAUUUGAACUUGUAUCAUUCGCCGGUUGUAUCGGACACAGCGAACGAAUGCGAGGGCGUAGAUUCGUUAGUGGCGUACGUGCACAUAGACAGGAAGAAGGAGAAGAUAGAUUCGUUUUGCAGUGGAAAGGCAGCACGGCCUAUCAUGAGUAACGGACCACGGCUCUCCUUGGAAUUUAAUGGCAUCACAUCAUCUCGCCAAUCACGAGGUUUCAAAGCUGUGUAUUCCUUCAUAGAAAACUUCGGCGUAACGACAGGCCGACAGGAGGCGCAGUACCCCUGUGCAUUUGUUUACAACAGCAACGAGACACGAAACGGUACGUUCGCCUCGCCCAAUUACCCGGGCUUGUACCCACGCGACACGGAAUGUCAUUAUUUCUUCAAUGGCCAGCUAAACGAGCGGGUGCAUCUUCACUUCCACUUCUUCGACGUGGAGGGCGUGUCGCCCUGCGAAGCGGUGUCUGCGAGCGACUUCGUCGAAUUUUCGAAUUACAUGUCUAGGGACCGGAAGUAUUCGAGGCAUUGCGGUCAACAAAAGGAAUUCGACGUGGAGAGCGACAGAAAGUUCUUUCGCGUAACCUUUAAAAGCAACGGCAGAUACGAUGGAACAGGAUUUAACGCUAGCUAUGUGUUUAUGGACGAGGAAGGAAAUUAUACAACAAAGCCGCCGAGUAACGCGUCAACGUUAAAAGGUGGAAUGGCGCUGGUGAUGCUGUUCGUGAGCCUGCUUCUCUUUGGCCGAGUUUCGCUUUAAUCACGAUCAGUAACUUGGACGGGUCUUUGGCUCAAUUUACAACGAACUAUAACUUCGAAGACAGGAGCCAUCCAAAAUCCUCCAUUAUUCGUCGUACGAAGGAAAGUGGGUACACCGUUUGCAUCGGUGAAAUUGC